AUGAUAUCUCCAGUUACAGAUAAAGAUCAGAGCCUAAAGAUUUACUGGUGAUUCUCUUGAGGUUCUGCAGUUUUUGCCUCAGCAUUGCUGCCUCCCUUUGCCAGAACUAUCAAGUGCAAAAGUUGUGGAAUUCUAUCGGAAUCUGGGUUUUUAACCUGACCCAGAGGGCAUUAAAGGGAUGUUUUGGUAUCCGAAAUAUUAGUUGAUGAUCCAAGGCAAGGAAAGAUUUGUUAAUUGUAAAGUUGCACGAUAUAUCUUGCAUGAUCAGACAGAUGGUGGCGGUGGUUGAUAGAUCCUGUAUGAAGCUCCUGCAAAGGAUGGUGAAGCUAAUGCCACUCUUCUUGACUACGUCAUCUCUCUAUUUGCAUUCCACGUGCUUGCCUCCUGUUGGUCUCAGCAACUUAAAAGCUACUAACAUCUUACUCGAUGAUGAACUUAUGCCUCGUCUCUCCGACUGUGGGCUGGCUGUUUUGAGGCCCCUCACAAGCAACAGUGUUAAACUCAAGGCUUCUGAAAUGGCUAUCAGUAAUACCAGCUACGUUGCACCUGAACACAUCCAAAACAAAUUUGACAGCGUAAAAGGGGACAUAUCUGCUUUUGGGGUGCUUCUUUUGGAGCUGUUAACAGGAAAGAGGCCUUUCGAUGGUUUUAGACCAAGGGAAGAGCAAUCACUGGUAAAAUGAAAAAAUGGGCUUCUUCCCGGCUUCAUGACAAUGAGUCUUCGGAAAAUAUGGGUGAUCCAAACAUCAACAAAUUACUCUCCUCCGGGGUUCUCUCUUGGUUUCCUGAUAUUGUCUCCUUCUGUGUCCAGGUAUUACCAAUUGCACUCUUAAGCCUCAGCUUUUGAUAUUGUACAUCCAACCCCAUAUGCUAUAGAGCUUGUUUGGAUGUUACCUUGCAUCUUUGAGAAUGCUUCCAUCAAUUAGUUCCCAAUACUCCAUUUUGUUGAUCAAUUUGGUUGUUGCUGAAGAAAACAGGAUAUGGUGAAAGUAAGAGAAUUAUAUCUCAAAUAUCUUUUUUUUUUUCCUUCUAUAUUUCCACUUUCAUGAUCUUUCAUUAUAUCAAGAAAAAUUCUAAAAACAAUUCCAAGGGGGGAAACACUAACAAGAAUGGUUCUCCUUCUCACUUUUCUUCCUUCUCCCCAAUCAACUUCAAGUUUUAAAUCCGGCCUAGACUUUCUAAAUGGAUCUGAUGUAGAAAUUGAUAGAACUUGAUUUUAGUUGUGAUUCGUAUUCCUGAGAUUUCACAUGAACACAGCUUGACCUGCAUAUGUGAAUACGGAAAAAUGUGUUCCAUGGAAACCACCUUUGCUUAUAUUGAUAAGGAAAAAUUGAGCAUUCCACCCUUUUUUUUGUGACUGCGUCUGGAAUUUGUGAGCUUGAAAAGUAAUUCCAACCCUCCAAUGGCUGAAAUAGAGGAAUCACUCUCAUGCAUGAGGUCGGGACUGGGGAAAUAUCUGCAGCAGAUAACAACAAAAGUGAUCCAUUCAAUAGGUCCUUCCGUUCCGACACAUACCCGCUUUAUCCAUCAUAGAGUUGGGUUGGGUAUUCAAAAUAGUUUCAAAAGUGACUUCUCCUAGAUCCUUGAUUAUCCAUUUGAGCUAUUCAAAUUUUACUUCUUCAAGAAGUGCAACAUGAAAGUUGUAAGUUAUGAGCAAGGGAAAAGAGACGAACUUUCUGAAAUUUAGAGAUGAUAUCUAGCAUUCUUUUUGUGCAGGUGAAUGAUAAAUAACUCACAUCCACUUAACAAAGCAAAAGUACUACUAAUUAAAAAUAACCACUCUCGACAAUGCAAGCUCAAGAACCCAAAAAAUAUAGCAAGAAAUGCAUUCGAAAAUUUGUGAAUGUAUUUGAUUAGGGAAUUUGGAUUUCCACUCUUCAUUUUGGUUGUCAUAUUCUCUGUGUCAAUUUGUGAUCCCUUUCAAUUUUAUUAUGACCAAUCUAGGUAGCAGGUUAUAUAGUUUGCGAAUCUAGGUAGCAGGUUUGAGAAGAAGAGUCUUCAAACUGGUUUCAACUAUUUUCCAGUAGCAAUUAUUAUUCCCAUUGUCAACAUGUGUUGUGGAAGCUUAAUAUUUGCAAUUGUUGGUGUUUCUGUAACGUGGGGGGUUUCAGUUUAAGUAACAGGGCUCUCAAUUUAUAAGUGGAAAUCACAGAUGCAUUACUUCCUAUUGAGGUUGGAGUCAUAAAUACUUGAAAAUGAGAACCAUUGUCUUCGGCAACAUAUUCCAUGAUGCUGGUGCAAGGAACUAAUGUGUUAAUCCGACCUCUCAAUUACUUUAAGUGAACAUCACCUCUAAAUAGAAGCCACAAGGAGAAUGAUAUACAUCUUCGGUAGUGGUUCUAUAACUACUGUUAGAAUAAAACGUAAAUGGUUAUGGGAAGAGGGAAAAACAGUGGCACGGUAAAGAAAAAUUAUA